CAACGCUCAUCCAUAAAAAAAUAAAAAUAAAUAAACAUCUUCUUCAACAAUGGCCAGACUCACAAGCAUCAUUGCCCUCUUCGCAGUGGCUCUGCUGGUUGCAGAUGCGUACGCCUACCGCACCACCAUCACCACCGUGGAAGUGGAGGAAAACAAGCGAGGGGGAGAGGAGAGGUGCCGCCAGAUGAGCGCCCGCGAGGAGCUCCGUAGCUGCGAGCAGUACCUGAGGCAACAGAGUAGGGAGGUGCUGCAGAUGAGGGGAAUCGAGAACCCAUGGAGGAGGGAAGGAGGGUCCUUCGACGAGUGCUGCAGAGAGCUGAGGAAUGUGGAUGAGGAGUGCCGGUGCGAUAUGUUGGAGGAGAUUGCUAGGGAGGAGCAGAGGCAGGCACGUGGCCAAGAAGGAAGGCAGAUGCUACAGAAGGCUAGGAACUUGCCUUCCAUGUGCGGAAUUCGCCCACAGCGAUGCGACUUCUAAGCCCCAACUACAACACAACACAAUAGAACAGAACAGCACAUGGUCGUGUGCCUUUUGUCCUAUGUUUUCAUAAAUAAAGACUAAUGAAUUCUGCCAUCACUACUA